AUGUCGAUGGCGACGGCGGAUCCGUGCCCGUGCGUGGUCAUCGCGCCGCAGAUCAAGGCCGCCGACGGAACGGUCACCACCGCCGGGUUCUACCGCUGGGAGGAGGGCCAGGAAGCCGCCACCCUCGUGAUGGACGCCAUGCCCGACUACCAAUCCUUCCACCCCUACACGGAAGCGGCGCACGACCUCGCGCACUGCGACGGGCUGCUGCUGGUGCCCACCGCCGCCGCCGCACGCGUCCUCAACCCGGCAACGACCCGCGUCCUGGAGCUCCCCUCCUCCGUCGCGCCACCUCCGCCCCCGCUCCCCUCCGGUCGGAUCCUGGGCCACCACGCGUUCGGCCUCGGCCGCGACUCCCGCUCUGGCGCCUACAAGGUCGCCCGCUUCUUCUACCGCUCACUGGACGAGGUCGAGCUCUUCGCCGGCGGCUGCACCUACACCUAUGCACUCGGGGCGGAGGUGCUCACCGUCGCCGGCGUCGGGGCGGACCACCGUUGGCGUGAGACCGCGGCGCCACCGCCGUGCCCGGUCAUACCAGGCCGCACGGCGACAUUCUUCGAGGGCUCGCUCCUCUUCACCCCCCACGAGCGGGUCCUCGGCAAAGAGGCGCCGGGCUUCAUCCGAUUCCGCCUUGACGACGAGGUGUUCGACGUUACGCCGGGGCCUCCCCGCGACAAGAGGAUUGACUACGGAUCGUCCAGCUUGGCGGAGCUGCGCGGGGAGUUGUGGAUGUGCGUUAACAACAGCACGAGUCCCGGCAUCGGGUCGGUGGAGAUGUGGGCGUGCGGCGACCUCGCCGGCGCCCGGUGGGAGCUGCGUCACGCCGUCAAGGACUUUGUUUUCCAUGGCCACCGGUCGCUUCGUCCAGUCACCGCGUCCGCCGGUGCCAUACUGCUGCGCUACGGACCGUGGCACCUUUGGUGCUACCGUCGGCAGGGUCGUCAGCCGGGUUACGGCGACGUCGUCAACAUGCGGUUUCUCAAGUAUCAGCGCCAUGACCACAAUGUCGUCGAGUAUCAAAAGGAAACAAUCUAUACCCUUCAUGUAAUUCCCUACAUUCCAAGCCUUGUCCCAAUUUAAAAAGUGGGCUGCAAUCAUCUAUAUAUACUGUUUUAGCAAUUUAUUUGAACUGCUAAAACAUCAUAUAUUAUGAUACAAAUGUAGUAGUAAUUAAUUCAGAUAAUCUGAAGGUCACAGACAGAAUGAAGAAUGGAGGGGGAUCUGGUAGAGCGGCUGCGGCCAUUUUUAUG